GCCACACUGUUUCCGUGUCACCCGAAUAUCGCUCGUUUUCGUUCCGGCUCGGCUUUCACGCUUACAGCCACCAGCUUCCGACCAGCUUCUUUGGGCUCUCCGCCGCUCCCACCGCGAGCGCAUCAUGCCGGGCGACAACAAGCGUCGCCACUCUGAAGCCCCUCCGGCCAAGCCUGCAGCAUCGAAGGUUCCGGCAACACCCCGAGCACCUCAGGCUGCGCCGCCCACAGAAGAGCCUCCAUUCAAUUGCAUCAGCUCCAUCACUUCCAGCAACGGCUGCGCCCAAACAGGCUCCACCCGCAGCAGCGCCUGCGCCGUUCUUCGUCAAGCGCCGGCGCAGCGGCGCCGCCAACUCAGCUCCGGCGCAGGUAACCCAACCUGCGCUCCAGACCAGCGUCCUGAAGUACAGCGCAGACGGCUCCCUCACGCACACCGACUUCGAACCCGACCUGCCCUGCUUUGCAAUCCUCCGGCGCAUGACCAACAAGCCGAGCCUCACCUAUAAAAUCAGGGGCUCCAUCAUUGCCUUCAUUGAAGCUGGGGCGCGCGCCAAUCCUGGUGGCGAUGUCCCGCAGCGACUGAGCGACCUGGUGGCAUUCUCCCAUGUUGCAUUGGAGCUCUCCAUCCACGGCGCACCGCCCUAUGCCUCCACGCACUUGACCAUCAUGGCUGCUGGCACUGACGAGGCCUUCGUACUUCUCCUUGAGGGCAACACGUUUCCGCUCAAAGCCCAGACCAACCAUUGCUGGCCGUGCGAUGCCUUGUCGCAAAAUG